AUGAAUCAUCCACCGGUGUAUGGAUAUGACGCAGCUGAAACGAAGGAGAGUACGCUGGUGACAGUCGCAAGUGAGGAGCGAAAUGAAAAUUCGAGUCUGGCAAAGUUGGAAAAACAAACCACGUCACAAGAACCACUGGAUGCUCGAGUGCUAGUCACUGGUCUCUCGGUGGAGCCAAUGGACAAUGCUCAAACUAAUAGCGCUCAGGGGACCACUACAACUUUAGAAAAGGCACUACUCAUGUCGGAUGUAUCUUCAAAUGCGAACAGAAAAAAGAAGGAAAAAAAGGAAAAAGAAGAAAAAGAAAAGGACGGGAAAAAAGAUGAAGACAAGGAUGACGAUGACGAUGGGAAUGACGACGACGAAGAAGAAGAAAAAGAAAAGAAACAAAAAGAAAAAGAAGAAAUAGCAAAAGAGGAAGAAAAGGAAAAAGAAGAGAAGGAAAACGAAGAAGAAGCGGGAAAAGUCCAAGAAGAGGGCAAUGAAAAUGGAAUCAAAGACACUACUAAUACUCCAGCAGCAACAGUGAACGGAAAAGAAGACGGAGCGGAAUCCACACAACAGGUAAUCAAACCUACGAAUGAAGAGGUUAACUCAACAACAGUAACCAACGGCCUAUCUCCAGAUCUGAACCAGUCAAACAAAGAUACAGAAUCGGUAAAACAACCCUAUGUCUUGCCAGUGACCGAGAGCUUUGGAGAGACCCAGCCGUCCAUCCCGGUGGGGAGUCCGAUGCUAACUACGCCGAUAAUCUCAAGGCAAUCGACAGAAGAGAGCCCAAAGUCGGAUGACAUUACGCCGAGUACCGAAGAGGCUCAAAUUGAGGCAGCAGAUCACACUUUCACAGUUCCGGUAGAGAUGUCGGAUGACCUGGGAACUUCGGGGAAGCCCACUGACUUGCCAGUGUCCGAAAACGCUGACGAAGCUCCGGCGUCUACCCCAGUGGUGAGUGCAAUGCCAGCUACGUUGAUAGCUUUAAGGCAAUCAACAGAAGAGAAUCUAAAGUCGGAUGACGUUAUGCCAAAAACCGAGGGUGGCCAAACUGAGGCAGCAGAUCAAAUUUCCAAAAUUCCGGAAGAGAUGUCAGACGACCUCGGAACUUUGGCGAAGCCCACUGAUUUGCCAGUGUCCGAAAACGCUGACGAAGCUCCGGCAUCUACCCCGGUCGUGAGUUCGAUGCAACCUACACCGACAGCUUCAGGGCAAUCAACCGAAGAGAACCAGGAGGAGGAUGAGGUUCCGUCGAGUACGGAGGAAGGUCAAAUUGGAGCAACUGGAGACCAGAUUUCCGCAACUACGGUGUGGUAUGACAUGGGCACACCGACUAUGCCGGCACAUUCGACAGAAAACAGUGUGAGUUUGCAGUCAGAUGGCGCCACGCCCAGCACUGUAGACGAGCAAACCGAGACGACAGGCAUCGUCUCUGCUGGUCCGGUGGAA